UACAACUUAAGGUCCUGCAGAACCAUACACAAACGUGUCAAUAUAAAGCAAACCCGUUUCGUGCUUGCUUGUUGGAAAUUACCGUGUCCAUUCGUUGAACUUGGUGGACUAUCAUUUCAUUAUUGGUGUACAUGCAUAUGGUAAUAGUGUGGUGGUAAUUAAAAGCACCUGUAUUUAGAACAAAACAGCAACUCCCACACCAAUGAAAUCGUGAACGUGUAAAGCCUGGUAUAAGGCGCCGAUAGUGUGUUUGUUGAAGAGAAACAUAAUCACCGACAUUUUACCAAAACUACUGACACUUCGCACUUAACAUGCGCGUGACCACACUAAGAAGACUAGUCCCACGGGGCGUCGCUCUGAUCACUAUGAUUAUCGUCUUGGUUGUGAUUGAUCUGUAUACGCUCCGCCUCAACAGUAUGGAUAACACCGCACACGGUCCUCCACUCAUCCAGCGUGAUGUUGUCACACCGACGUCAAAGGCGGAAGAGAUGCGUCAGAGAACGGAACAUCUACGAAGCGCAUGCGUAAUGUAUCCAAAACGACGAAUCGUCAAAGCGGUGCUAAGCAGCAAGCCGCUGUUUUAUUUAUCGGAUCGGCACAAACUGAGCUACUGUCGCGUGGCAAAAGUUGGGAGCACGUUUUGGACGCAAGUCUUCCUGUCGCUGCACGGCGUCAACCGGCGCCAGGGAAAACAGGACGCUGACGACACGGUAUUUGACCUUCCACGUGACGCCGCGCACGGGAAAAUGAAACAACACGGUAACAUAACCACGAAGUCGGUUGAGCGCCUAAAUGGUACUACUUCCUUUCUCGUGGCUCGGAGUCCGUAUUCUAGAUUGUUUUCGUCCUAUAUUGAUCAAAUUUAUUUGCCAAAUAAAUGGAAUAUAGCUAGAUCUAUGGGAAUAAAAGGCGAUAAGUGUGGAAACAAUGUAACUUUUGGACAGUUUCUUAGGUCUAUCUCAAGUAAGAUUUUGGAUAGAAAGUUAACGGAUUUACACUGGGCUCCCAUAUACAGUAUAUGUAUGCCUUGUGACUAUAAAAUAGACAUGGUUGCUAAGCAAGAAACAUUUAAUGACGACGUGGAAUAUAUUCUAGAUAAAGCAAACGUUGAACAACAUAUAAGGGAUGAAGUGAAUAAAGCCAUUAAUGAACAAAACCUCAUAGAACACUCGUUACAAACCCUCGUAGGUACGUAUGUCACAAAAGGCCACCAUAGGCCAAUAAUACCGAAAGGAUGUGUUUCUGAAAAAGAGCUUGCAAGAAGAAUAUGGCACGCAUUCCAAAUUCAAGGUUACAUACACAAUGACGUCGAGUUUCCGGAACGAGAGUUCAAUGACGUCACGGAGGAGGAAACAGAAGCACGCCUGCAGAAGGCGGUCAACGAGGCUGUGGAGCGCCGGAAGUUGAGUGGUGGCGAGCGCGCGGCUCAGAGGCACGCCUGGAUGGUGAAAUUUUGGAAGGGAGUCAGUUCGGAGGUUUUAAAGAUGUCACAUGACGCGUAUUAUGAGGACUUUUUCAUGUUUGGUUAUGACAUUGAUCCUAGCAUAAUGUGA